AUGAAAAGUGGUUACGUUUGCGACAACAGUUCUGGACAGUGGCGCGGCAAAGGAGAAUCAGCAGAACAUUUUCCAAAGCCUCCUAAUGCUAAUACACCUAAUGCUUCAGAAAUUGGCAAUAAUGAAAGGGGCCCAGUUUGUUGCAUGACAACGCCCGACCACGUGUCUCACGGGCCGCCCUUUCCUGCACAGAGCCCGGUUGCGGUCUGGCGAUCCCUACCUGGACCAUAUAGCCCGAAGAGGGAGAGGAUUAACGACUCCAGCUCCGGCUGGCAGGGUCCCAAGGGGCGGUGGGACCUGAGGAGGGGCGGUGGGACCCGGGGGGCGGGGGCCCAGCCAGCGGAUCGACCAGUGCACCAGGAUGUCCUCCCGCCCCGCCAUUGUUCCAUCAGACAAAAGGAUUAUUAG